UCAUGUCCGAAAUCGAAGAAUUAACCAAAUAGAAGCAAGUCUUAUAGAGUUAAUAAGCAAUUCUUGAGAAUUGGAUUAUUCUAAAGAAAAAUCUUUAAUAAAAGUUCAAGAAUCCAUCAGAAGCAUUUAAAGGUUUGGUGAAAGAGAAUGCUUAAGAAUUGUAGAUUUAAGAUUUUGCUGACUAUGCUAAAGGUCUAAAUCUGUAAGUUUCUUUAUCAUUUUAGAAAUGAAAUAUUUAAAGAUUCCCAUUUAAAUGAGGAAACUUUUACAAAGAUUUGGGAAUAAUGGGAAUUUAAUUAUAAAGCCAAUUAACAUAAACUAUAGAUGAUAGAUGAAAAGUUAGAAGUACUUACAAUUUUGGAAGAUAAAGAUGCUAAAAUGUUUAAAGGAGAUCCUUAAAAAAAAAAGUUAAUAGUAUCUUAAAUUUAAGGAUGUGAAAAUCUUGAAGAUUUAUAUAAAAAGUUAGGUGAAAUGGUUUAAAAUAGUACUGAUUAAAAACAAAAAGAUGAAGUAGUUCCAAAUGAAAGUGAUAUAUUUUCUUAAUUUUUGGCAAAAAAAAGUUAAAUUUAAUUUAAUGAACUUUCUAUUAGUAAAAUGCAAACCAAAUUGGCAGAAAUACCAUAAUAAUCAGAUUAAUCAGAUAGUGCAUAGAAAUAAAAAUUAGAAUAGCCAUUAGUUGAAAGUUAAAUUAUUGUUAUUGGAAAAGUGACAUUGCCUAAAAAAAGUUAUUUAGAUUCAUAACAUAGUAUAAUUCAUAAACGAGGUAAUUAUUCAACAAAUUAAUAAUCAAAAACAUUCAUUUAUGAUUCAACUAAUAUUAAAAUAUUAUCUCCUAAACUUACACGUCCUAAAGAAUAAUUCAGAAGUCCUAAGAAUUUCCAAUAACCUUCAAAUUUUGAUGAGAAUGAUCAAAUUAGAAGAUCAUAAAAAACAAAAAGAUUAAAAGGAGAUUUGUAAAAUUACAUAGGAGAAAUAUUUCAUUAUGAUAAUCAUUAAAAAAAUCCAUAUGAAGUUCAAUAGAAAGGUUUAUAAGGUUUUAAUUGUAAAAAGAGUUUGAAGACAGUUUAACAUAGGAUUGAUUUAAGACCUACUGAAUCUAUAGAAUCUUAAAAUAUACAAAAAAGAGUGUAAAAUAUUAGGUAAUUUUUAUAAUAAAACAUAGAAACAAAUUAGAUGAAUAUUCCAAUAAAAGAAUACGAAGAUAUUCUCCUUAAAAACCAUAUACUUCAGGUAUGUUAAUUAAAAAUGAUACAACUCCUGAGAGAAGAUACUCUUAAAGAAGAUCAAGUCCAUAUACACCUGGAAAUGUCCAUAGAUUAAAUGUGGAUAGAUUAAAAUAAGAAAAGGAAACAGUUUAAUAAUAAAAUUCUGAUAAAAAACCAUUUGUCAAAGAAGAAGAGUAUAUUUAAUUUUAUAUAUAUAUAGUGAAGUUCCUUAAAAAGGUUUAGAUAGAUAAAAAGCUUUUAUUUCAGAUUGA